UCCUAAUUUGUAGGAGCUGGAAGUUUCUCUGUUUCUCGCCGCCGUCGCCGCAGCAUCCGUCUGAACUCUAGCCAACCUCGACGCCGUCAGCCUCAACCGCCCCAGCAGAAGCCUCGAGCACCUCCUCGACCCGCCCUUCUUCAACUGCACGGACGCCGAGAUCGUCCUCGCCACUAGAGGCGGCGGGGACCCCGGCGGCGCAGCCGUCGGCGUCCCUUCUUCUACGACCAUCUCUUCCGCUCCCGCCGCCGCCUCCGCGAGAAACCGAAGCUGAAGCUCGACGGGCUAGUCCCCAACGGGCGCCACAUCGGGCGAGAUGCCCUCGUCGCCGUUCUUGGGUGCCUGUAUAGUGGCCGCCUCCGGUCAGCACCCCCUGAGGCGGCCGUCUGCUUGGAUGACGGCGUCGACGGGUGCACCCACGACGCGUGCCGGCCGGCGAUUGACGUCGUUGCCGAGUCCUCGUAUGACGCCUCCGGCUUCCGGAUCUCCGGGCUUGUCUCCCUCUUCCAGUUUUUUUAAGGUCAGCAGAUUAUCAUCGCAACAUGAGACAAAGUCCUGUUCAGUAAGGCUGUCAGAUAAUGUGACACACCGAAUAGAAGCUACAGGAGGACACAUCCUUCCAGCUACAACUGAUCACGUCAUGAAGGCAAUUGACUCCAUUAACAGGGGGCAAGUGAUUGCGGUGCCCACCGAUACGAUAUAUGGUUUUGCUUGUGAUGCAUGCUCUGCAGAAGCAGUUAAUCGAAUAUAUGAGAUAAAAGGACGCGUACAGACGCGGCCUCUUGCAAUUUGUGUUGCUGAUGUCCCAGAUAUAUCACGUUUUGCUGUUGUGGAUCAUCUACCCCAUGGUUUGCUUGAUAGUCUACUUCCUGGGCCUGUCACGGUUGUUUUAAAACGAGGUAACAACAGUAUAUUAGAGAGAUCUCUUAAUCCUGGCUUGGAAAGCAUUGGAGUUCGUGUGCCAGAUUUUGAUUUUAUUCGAGCCAUUUCCAGUGGUGCUGGAAGUGCGCUUGCACUUACCAGCGCCAACUUAAGCGGGCGACCUAGCAGUGUCAAUGUCAAAGAUUUUGAGGAUCUUUGGCCACAUUGUUCAUAUGUCUUUGAUGGUGGAAUCCUUCCUUCUGGGCGUGCUGGUUCAACAAUUGUGGACCUAAUAACACCAGGAUUAUACGAGAUACUUAGAGAUGGAAGUUCAAGGCAGGAAACGGCUGCAGUGCUUGGCAAAUUUGGAUUUGUUGAAUCUUCGUGACAACUUGUUGACUUGAUAAAGUUGGUACCAUCAAAUGGUCAACUAGUUCACUUGUCAUUUAUCUCACUUCUUGGUUAGUUAGCUACUUGUGAUGUAGCAGAGUAUAGGAUGUUGGUUUGUGUUUACCGUCCAAGUUCCAAUGAUACGACAAAGAGCUUUUUUCUCAUCCUUGUGGAGUUACUAUGAUGUACCACUUUUUUCUAUGUAAAUUUUGGAAAAAAAUAGUACCUCUUGGUACCUCAUCCAGAAUGGUAAAAAUGCUCUACAACAA